UAUUUUUGCAGCUCUGGCAAAAAGGGGGCUCCACGCGAAUACUAUACACUCGAAUGCUUACUGUAUCUGCUCAAGAAUGUUAUGCUACAGCAUUCGGUGUAUGUGCGUCAGUGUGCUGCCGAGGAUAUACCCGCCGUGAAUCGGCCCGAUCGUAAGGAGCUGCUCGCCUAUCUCAAUGGCGAGACACAGACAUGUGCCAGCAUAGACAAGAGUGCACCAUUGGAGAUACCCACACAAGUGAAGCGAACAGCGGAUGGAGAUGCGGCAACUAGUGGUGAGACGGCGGCCAAAAAGGCGCGCUUCGAGGAGACACAGGUGCAGAAGGUGCGCGAACAGUUGGCUGCACGCUGGGAUGUCAACCAAAAGGAGACAGCCGUCAACAUGGACAACAUCAAGUCGCUGUCGGAGACAAUGUCAGUUGAAAAGAUUGCGGCCAUCAAAGCGAAACGUCUGGCCAACAAGCGUACCACAAUCAAGCGUACAGACAAUGAGGAGGCCAUGGGUACAGAUCUGCGGGCCAUUCUCGACUACGAUGUGGACUCUACCAAGGAUAUUAUAAGCCGCGAAAGGCAAUGGCGUACACGCACAUCGGUGCUGCAAAGCACAGGCAAAGUAUUUGCCAAGAAUAUUUUCGCUAUGCUGCAGGGUAUUAAGGCACGUGAAGAGGGACGCAAUCGUCCGCAGGCAGCGAAUCCAAUUAAGAUGCCUGAACCGGCGCGCAUCACCAAGCCACAACCGCAGCUAUCGCAAUACAAUCGUUACGAUCAGGAGCGUUUCAAUCGACAGAAAGAGGAGACUGAAGGCUUUAAAAUCGAUACGUUGGGCACAUAUCACGGUAUGUCGCUGAAAUCCGUGACAGAGGGUUCGCUGGCGCAGCGAAAGGCUCAGGCGAAUAUGCCCCAUGGUGCUGGUUCCACGGCAGCCACACCCACAGCUGUGGCACGCGGCCCCAAGGAUCUGCUGCCCACGGCGCAGGCUCGACAACUGCCGGCAAACGGUCCACAGAAGCGGCCCUCGCGUACACCCAUCAUCAUAAUACCUUCUGCCAACACGAGCCUUAUAACAAUGUUAAAUGUUAAGGAUAUACUGCAGGAUUUGCGCUUCAUGUCUACGUCGGAAAAGAAGCUGCAGGGCUGUCAGCGUGAGAGUGAAGUGCUGCUGCAUGUAAUGCGAAUUUUAUAUCGUUUCUAG